AGGCUCGGCAUCGUGCGCCACAGUCGAGCUGCGUUCCUGCUUCAACAGUGUUUGAACGGAACCAACCCCCUCGACUCUCAAACUCUUCGUUAAACGAGCAGACUUAAACAACUCCCUCUGUUCACAAAGCCAACCUGUUUGUUAACAACAACAACAACCCAUUAAUUUUGUUUAUUUGUUACGCUCGCAAACGGUAGAAGCAGACACACGAUGACUUCCCAGGUUCGCCAGAAUUACGCGCAGGAUGUGGAGGCGGCCAUCAACCGCCAGAUCAACAUGGAGCUGUCGGCCUCCUACGUCUACCUCUCCAUGGCAUACUACUUUGACCGUGAUGACGUGGCGCUGAACAACUUCUUCAAGUUCUUCAAGGAACAGUCCCACGAGGAGCGUGAGCAUGCUGAGAAGCUGAUGGCCUACCAGAACAAACGUGGCGGGCGUGUUGUCCUCAAAGACGUGAAGAAACCCGAGCGUGACGAGUGGGGCAGUGGGCUCGAGGCCGUGCAGCUCGCGCUGCAGCUGGAGAAGAACGUGAAUCAGUCGCUGCUGGAUUUGCACGCCCUUGGCAGCAAGGAGAACGACCCUCAGCUCUGUGACUUCCUGGAGAGCCACUACCUCGAGGAGCAAGUGGAGGCCAUCAAAAAGCUUGGGGAUUUCGUCACCAACCUCAAGCGCCUUGGAGCAUCGCAGUCUGGCAUGGGAGAAUAUCUGUUCGAUAAGCUCACCCUUGGCAGCAGCAGCAGCUAAAUCUCCAUCAGCGUUAACACAUGACAACGCGUUAAUGUUUAGUUGCUUUGCCAGUUUUGCUUCCUAACGUAGCAGGGAGUUAAAUGUCGAUUCUUCAUCCAAAGUGCUUUUUUGAUGGUUCUUCCCCCCCCCACCUCUGCCAGUUGCUUUCGCUGCAUGUCAUGUGUAACAUUCUAAGCAAAAAAAAUAAAAAUUGACAAGCAUGAUAAA